AUGGGUAAUUGUUUAACUCACGACCAAACCCAAUCUCCAAAUGUUACAGCAGUUAGUGAUCUAUAUACAGCCUGCGGAAAUGGUGAUACACAGAGAGUAGAACAGAUCUUAAAACGAAUAGUCCAUGACGAACAACUCAAUCGUGUCGAACCAAAUGGUAGCACCACACUGCAUGCCGCUGCUUACUUUGGACAUAAAGAAAUCGUUGAAUUGUUACUUCAACAGAAAUAUAUUUCUACAACUAUUAUAAACAGGUAUGGCAACAUAGCGGAAGAAGAAUCUGCGGAUGACGAUAUACGCACACUAUUUCAGGACAGGAAAAAUGCUGACAAUACUACUAUAACAAAUGACAAAGAACGUUUUCAAUUUUAUGAAAUAAUCAGACUAAUUCAGCAAUAG